UGGCUUCCAGUCUUCCAAAUCAGUAACAUGCCAAGGUUUGCGCUAGUGGGCCAUGUGCGGCAGAUCGUGAAUGCCAGCAUCGAUCCUGCUCUCGUGGACACCUUCGGUCGCAGGCACAGAUAUUUGCGCGUCUCAUUGACAGAUCGCUGCAACUUGAGAUGUCGCUAUUGCAUGCCGGAGGAUGGAGAGGAAGUGUUCACACCGACGCCGGGUGGCAAAGUCAUGACGGCAGAGGAGCUGAAACGAAUCCUUCAAGUCUUCCUUGAGCUUGGAGUUCGCAAGGUAAGGCUUACAGGGGGUGAGCCGACAAUUCGUGGAGAUUUUGGACGUAUUUUGGAGGAUUUGGGCGAGCUAAACACACGCUUGCCAGAGCCUUUGUCCCUUGGCAUCACCACGAAUGGCAUUCGGUUGAAGAAGUUUCUUCCGCAGCUGCGGGCCGCAGGUUUGCGGAGCAUCAAUUUAAGCUGGGGGGCUUGUGAACACUUUGUGGGUUAAAGCUCGCAUAAGGCUCCAACCUUGGGGCUUGGGACGUCAUCGCGACGGUAUUUCACGAGUCUGACACCCUUCUUUUGCAAAACAGGACGCUCUGAGCGUGCGUAUUUUGUGAAUGUACUACUAUCUCACUAUAGUCUUUGCUUGUGCUCAGAAGACUUUAUCAUGACUGUUCCCUUUGCAUUUGCUGUUUGCUG